AAGACGUUCGAAAUGUAUCAAUGCUGAAAAUGAAAAAACAAGAAAAAGGAAGGAAAUUAUCGCCAGAAGACGUUCGAAAUGUAUCAAUGCUGAAAAUGAAAAGACAAGAAAAAAAAAAGAUAUCAAAUCAAGCAAAGAAAUUUUGGGAACAGAAAGGCGGUGAAUGUCAAAAAGACGUCAAUAAUUAUUUUAGUACUGUAUGCAAAAAUCAGUGGAACAAAGAAAAAUUAGUCCAAUACCUGGAGACGCUCUACCCAAAAAAUAAAGAAGUGUUUGCAAAAGACAGAUUGCACAACUUAAUCAAGCACGCAGACGUAAUAAUAAACGAAGAACACUCCUUCAAAGCAUUUAUAUCUACCCAAAAUAUAUCUGACGCAAGUACGCAGCGGCAACAAGAAGAACUAGAAUUACUCGAAAACAAUACGCAGCAGGAACUACUCGCAAACAAUACGCAGCAGGAACUACUCGCAAACAAUACACAGCAGCAACAAGAAGAACUAGAACUACUCGAAAACAAUACGCAGCAGGAACUACUCGCAAACAAUACGCAGCGGCAACAAGAACUAAAUUUACUACUCGCAAAAAUUCCAGUUUUUAUAAAAAACGGGCUUAACAGGCUGUUUCCUAGAACUAACAGUGACAUUUACGAGCUUUUACUCGCAGAAAAACUUCACGAAUAUGAUGUCGAUAAUUUGAGAUUAUAUGCAAAUAGUGAAAGAGCGUGGGACACCAACGACGCAAUUUGCUUUAACGAAAGUCUCUGGUACCUAAGAUCCGCCCUAUUAAUAUAUUAUCAAAAACCUACAUUAAAGAAUGAAUGGGACCUCAAAAGUUCAAAGGAUGACUGGAAUGACAAACAAAACCAAAAAAUCGCCAACGAAUUUGAGCGUCUAUAUAAGCAAGGAGAAGAUAAAAACAUAAGUUUCAAUGUGAAUCGUUAUUAUUCUAAUGAUGCUGUGGAAACUUCAAAACCAAUACGUAGUUGUUGGAAUUCUUUGUAUAAUUUUUAUAUUAACAAGAGUUGGGAGAAGCAGAGUUCUACUUGGGAGAAGAGUAGAAAUACUAGACAAGAUAAAUUAUAUAGGUGUAUUAAUCGUAUAAAUAUUUUUGUGACAGCAUUUGAUCAUACUGUAGUGAAAAGCUAUAGGGUAACGUUAGAUGGUCGUUUAGAUAGUUGUGAACUCAAAGUUGAAGAUUUUAUGAGGGAAGACGAAAGCGAUAAUAUUGAUAAUGCUAUGCGCGAAUGUCUUGUGUUUAUUAAAUCAUUCGUAAAAUUUUGUCAAAACUAA